CGAUUUCCCUCUCUCUCUCUCUCUCCAUGGCUCCAAAUUUCACAUUUCCCCCCAAUCUGCAAGCCCUAGAGGAAGACUACACCGACGGCCGCCUAUCCGUCCAGAACCACACCGCCGUCGCCUCCCUCCGCCCCUCUCAACUCGAGGAAUUUGUCAAAGGGGUGUCGUUCGAUCUCUCUGACAAGGAGCUCUUCUGCAUCGAAGAUCAAGACGUGUUCGAUCGCGUGUACUCGCUGGUUAAGGGCUUCAAGAGCCUCACUACGUCUUGCAAGUUCAAUCUUGUCGAGAGUCUUCGCUCCAACUUCAGUGUUCUGCUGCCAAAUGUUGAUCUGCUGUCGCGAUCGCGUCAAUCCCCCGACGAGGAGGAGGAGGAGGCUCCUGUCCUCGAUCGGGUCGCUUCUCAUCGAAAUGCUUUCAAAAUUUACACUUUUUUCCUCAUCCAUAUUGUCCUUAUCGAAGAGUCCAAUACUGGCUCAAACAACACUUCCAAGGUGGCUGCAAGUAGUCGGAAGAAACGGCCUAUAGACUCGUGGAAUUGGGAACCCCAGAGGGCCAGGAUGCUAAACUUGAUUGCUAAUUCCCUGGAGAUCAAUCUGUCUUUGCUUUUUGGAUCAUCAGAGCCAGAUGAAAAUUAUUUGUCUUUUAUUGUGAAAAAUUUCUUCUCACUGUUUGAGAAUGGGACGCUGUUAAAACAUUCAGAAUCAAAAGAUGCUUUAUGUCGCAUAAUUGGGGCUUGCGCCACCAAAUACCAUUACACGGCACAAGCAUGUGCUUCAAUUUUGCACCUCAUUCACAAAUAUGACUUUGUAAUCAUCCACUUGGCUGAUACGGUUGCUGCUGCAGAGAAAAAGUAUGCUGAUGGAAGCCUAGCCACCUCCCUCAUUAGAGAGAUUGGAAGGGCAAGCCCAAAAGAUUAUGUAAAGGACACAGUUGGGGCUGAAAAUAUUGGGCGAUUUCUUGUGGAGCUUGCUGACAGGCUGCCAAAGUUGGUUUCGACUAAUAUUGGACUUUUAGUCCCACACUUUAGCGGGGAAUCUUAUAAGAUAAGGAAUGCUCUUGUUGGGGUACUAGGAAAAUUGGUUGCUAAGGCAUUUAAGGAUGUUGAGGGUGAAGUAAGUUCUAAAUCUGUUCGCCUUCGAACUAAGCAAGCAAUGUUGGAUAUUUUGGUUGAACGGUGCAGGGAUGUUUCAGCUUAUACUAGGAGUCGGGUUCUUCAAGUUUGGGCUGAACUAUGUGAAGAACAUUCCAUACCAAUUGGUUUGUGGAAUGAGGUUGCAGCAGUAGCUGCGGGAAGGUUGGAGGACAAGAGUGCAAUUGUUAGAAAGUCUGCAUUAAAUCUACUUAUAAUGAUGUUGCAACAUAACCCUUUUGGUCCACAACUUCGAAUAGCAUCUUUUGAAGCAACUUUGGAGCAGUACAAGAAGAAGUUAAAUGAGAUUGAACCAAAUACCACUUCAGAUACAGUUUUGGAUGGCAUUUCAUCAGACAAUGAUACUUGCAAUGGAGAUGGUGAACUUGAUAAUCUAGGUGCUGAAGUAGUGUCCAAGGAGCAGCAAGAGAGUUUAACUGACAGCUGCUUGACUCAUGUAGAAGAAAGGAUUAUUCCAAAAGAUAGUUCUGUCCCAGAUCUGGGGAAUUUGGAGCAAACCAGGACCUUGGUUGCAUCUCUGGAGGCAGGAUUGAGAUUUUCCAAGUGUGUAUCUGCCACAAUGCCAACCCUUGUUCAACUGAUGGCUUCAUCUUCUGCAACUGAUGUUGAAAACACAAUUCUGUUAUUAAUGCGGUGCAAGCAAUUUCAAAUUGAUGGAUCAGAAUCCUGUCUCCUCAAGAUGUUGCCAUUGGUAUUUUCACAGGACAAGUCCAUUUUUGAAGCUGUGGAGAAUGCAUUCAUCACAAUAUAUAUAAGGAAAAACCCAGUAGAAACAGCUAAAAACCUUUUAUUUCUUGCUAUGGAUUCUAAUAUUGGAGAUCUAGCAGCUUUGGAGUUCAUGGUUGGUGGCUUGGUAUCCAAGGGUGAUAUUACUGCAAGCGCGAUAUCUGCAUUGUGGGAUUUCUUCUGCUUUAAUAUAAGUGGAACAACUGCUGAACAAAGCCGGAGUGCGUUGUCUGUUUUGUGCAUGGCAGCAAAAUCCUCAACUGGGGUUCUUGGUUCCCACUUACAGGACAUCAUUGAUAUUGGGUUUGGUCGCUGGGCAAAAUCAGAACCUUUGCUUGCCAGAACAGCCUGCCUUGCUCUUCAGAGAUUGUCUGAGGAGGAGAAGAAAAAAUUAUUGUCAACUAACGGGAACCGGGUAUUUGGUAUUUUGGAGAGUUUAGUCACUGACUUCUGGCUUCCAGAGAACAUAUGGUAUGCUGCUGCUGAUAGAGCAAUAGCUGCAAUAUAUGCAAUUCAUCCAACUCCUGAAACCUUAGCGGCUGAUCUAGUGAAGAAAUCUCUUAGCUCUGCAUUCAAUUGUUCUGGGGGAGAUGAGGUGCAAAAAGAUGCUGAUGAUGGUACUACUAGUGUCUUUACCACAGUUCAAGUUACAAAACUUAGUAGAUAUCUAUUUGUUGCAAGCCAAGUUGCCAUGAACCAAUUGGUAUAUAUUGAAUCUUGUGUGCGGAUGAUUCAGAAAGAUAAAGCAAAGAAAGAAAAACUGGAUGCUGAGGGUCAGAAUGCUCAAAAUAAUUCUGAAACAGCUGUUGAUGCCCCAAAGGAGAACGGCAUCAAUGCAGAGUUAGGUCUUGCUGCCUCUGAAGAUGCAAUGCUUGAUACCCUGUCAGAAAGAGCAGAGAAAGAAAUUGUUUCUGGUGGUUCUAUCGACAAGAGCCUGAUAGGACAUUGUGCACCCUUCCUGUCAAAACUAUGUAGAAAUUUUAACUUGAUGCAGAAGUAUCCUGAACUUCAGGUCUCUGGAAUGCUUGCUUUAUGUCGAUUUAUGAUUAUUGAUGCAGAGUUUUGUGAUGCAAAUCUUCAGCUUCUCUUCACUGUUGUGGAAAGUGCACCAUCAGAAACUGUUCGUUCCAAUUGCACAAUCGCUCUUGGAGAUCUGGCAGUUCGCUUUCCUAAUAUAUUGGAGCCAUGGACAGAGAAUGUAUACGCGCGCCUUCGGGAUGCUUCAGUUUCUGUCAGGAAGAAUGCUGUGUUAGUUCUUUCUCAUCUCAUUUUAAAUGAUAUGAUGAAGGUGAAAGGUUAUGUAAACGAGAUGGCAAUGCGAUUAGAAGAUGAAGACGAAAGGAUUUCAAAUCUAGCCAAACUUUUCUUUCAUGAGUUGUCUAAGAAAGGAAACAAUCCAAUAUAUAAUCUACUACCAGAUAUUCUUGGCAAAUUAUCCCACGAGAACUUGAAAAAGGAGACCUUCUGCAAUAUCAUGCAGUUUUUAAUUGGUUCCAUCAAAAAGGACAAACAAAUGGAAGCUCUUGUUGAGAAGCUUUGCAAUAGAUUUAGCGGAGUCACAGAUACGAGGCAGUGGGAAUAUAUAUCUUACUGUCUCUCACAGCUGACAUUCACUGAAAAAGGCAUGAAGAAGCUGAUGGAGUCAUUUAAAACAUAUGAGCACAUUCUAUCUGAAGAUCCUGUGCUGGAUAAUUUCAGAAAUAUUGUUAACAAGGCAAAGAAGUUUGCAAAACCCGAACUGAAAUCAUGUAUUGAGGAGUUUGAGCAGAAGCUUGUUAAGUUUCACACUGAGAAGAAGGAACAAGAACUUACUGCCAAAAAUGCCCAAAUUCAUCAACAAAAAAUGAGUAGCAUAGAAAAUUUUGUGUUGUCUAAAGAUGGAGAGGGAAAUGCAGAAUCUGAAAUUGUUGAAGAUUCCAAAGUCAUUGAUCCACUGUUGGAAGAGAUUGACCAGCCCUUGCAUGAUGUAUCAAGAACCGAAGUUGAGUUGAAAGAACAUUCUCAGACCUCCAGUGAGGUGACAGAAUCAGAACAGUCUGAAGAUGAAGUUCAAUCCCCCACCAUUCUUGUUGGAGGCACACGUAAAUCAAAAGCUACAGAGACUGGCAGGAAGGGUCAAAAGGCUGAUAUUUCUACCUCAGCUAGAAGAAAUAUUAAGUCAAAGCAAAGGUAGAGGAGGAGGCUUUGUCUUGAGAAGCAAAGAGAUAAUCAUACUAUGUAGUUGAGUUGUAUUAAACUGUCUGUGUGUUCAAAAAGAAAAAAACUAAAUGCUCAUUUACCUCUUUUGAGUACCAAGUGAGUAGUGAUGAGAUUACUAUCUCAGUUCCAAAUUUGUAUGUAUAGAGAGACUGUUGUUGAUUA